AUGCGGCUGCUCCUCGCGCUCGUGCUCUUCACCGUCUACGCCGCCGAGGCGAGUCCGUUCCUCUUUGUGGGCAGCAAGACCAACGCAGCCGACCCGUCGCCGAUCGGCCUGACGAUCUAUAGCAACUCGAACGGCCACCUGCGCGAAGUGCUGCACCAGUCGAACGUCACGACGGGCAACGAGCCAACGUACUUGACGGUGACGCAAGACCGCCGGUUCUUGUACAUGACCAACGAAGUCGAUAUCGGUCACGUCGCGUCCUUCAAGAUUGACGAUGCCGGGACGUCGCUGACGCUGACACCGCUCGGCCUCGCACCGACCGCGUCGCACGGCCCCGUGCACAUUGCGCCGACCAAAAGCGGGUGGUUUGUCUUGAUUGCAAGCUAUAAUAUUGGCAGCGUCACGGUCAUGCAGGUGGACGCGAACGGGUUUGCAGACCGCAUUGCGCACCAAGUGGUGUUUUCGGGGGGCAGCCACGUCGUGCCCGGCCGCCAGGACGGACCCCACGCACACUGCGUUGCCUUGAGCCCCAACGACGAUUUCGUGUUUGUCACGGACCUCGGGAACGACCGCAUCAUGCAGUUUGCCUUUGACGCGACGACGGGCUACCUCACGCCGAACGCCGUGCCUUAUGUGGACGUUGGACCGGGCACGCUGCCACGUCACAUGGCGUUUCACCCGAGUGGAGAGUACCUCUACUUGACGACCGAGGCGUCCAACGAGCUCAAAAAGUACGCCUUCGACCCGGUCUUGGGCACGCUGACGCUGGUCGCGUCGGUGACGACGACGAGCGCGACCGGCGUUCUCACGGGUGCGAUCCACGUCACAUCCAGCGGCCGCUUCGUGCUCGUCUCGAACCGGUACGGCGCCCCGGCGUCCGACGACAGCAUCGUCGUCUACGACACCGACACGCUUGCGCACGUCGGCACGUACCGCACCUCGACAUGGGGCGGCCCGCGCGACUUUACGAUCACGGACGACGACUUUGUCUACGUCACCAACGAAAACACCAACUCGAUCGACACGUUCCAGCUCAUGCCCGACGGCGAGCUGCGGCACUUACCGCUCUCGCAGCCGCGCCCGUUUCACCCGCAAGUGAUUGUACCCUUUUAAGUCAACGACUGUACCAGACGUUUCGCA